AUGUGGACAUCUCGUGUUGCGUGUAAAAAUGCUAAAAACGAUGCCAGCGCUCUCAACACGCUCGGCGAUGAACCAGAAGAGCCUCCAAAAGUUAUCGUCACUGAAUCAGUGCUCACAGCACUGCGACGCUGUACCUGCCACCUGAUCACUAUCAUGGUCACCAUCACAAUCAUAACCUUGAACCUGAAAGGCGUUUACUUGGGAGCCGAUCUAAUGUCGCCAGUGAGGUCUGAGACCAUCAACCUCAUGUUCCUCCAGUUGGCUGCGAAAGCCCACGAGAUCAUGAUCGUGAAUAGUCUCGGCCUUAUUGUUCUACACUUCGUCCGAUCCGAGCUGCUUUUUGGGGAUGGACUGCCUCUCGGCCUGGUAGGCUCCGGCUUGAGCUUCAAUAACUUCGAGUACUUCUUUAAGAAAGAAUUUUAUGUCUCAUUAAAAUACAUUGGCGAUCAUGGCAAUAAAGCUAGGAGGGUCAUGUUUGUCACGGUCGUCAUUGCGGCUGGGCUCACGGCUGCACUGGCUGGACCCGCAAGUGCGGUGCUCCUCGUGCCCGAAUCUCAGGACUGGGCCGCUGGGGGCACUCGCUUUUAUUUGAAUGGAUCGGACACCGACUUCUGGCCAGCCGACUUGUCGGGAAACUUGUCGGAGCUUCGGUCAUUUUGCAACGGCAACGACUCGACUCAUCUGGGAAUCUGUCCUGCAGGUGGGUUUCACUCCCUAUGGAAGCAUUGGGGAACUGUCAAUUCCACGGACCUUUGCGCGCAAGAUGUUCGCUCUUAUGUGAAAGAUCUCUCUGGCUCGAACUUCUACUGGCCGGUAUCCAGCGCUUCGUCUCAAGUCCCACCUCUCUAUGCGUUAGGAAACAGCAAAAAGGGCGACAGUGAUGCAACAACGCUCAUUCAACCACAUGCAGCAGCUGUGAUAAUUCUGCAAAAGCUCGCAACCGAUUGGUGGAAGGCUUUGGUAUCACAACGAGGCAUGUCUCCAGAUCAAGUUGAUGACCGGAUUAUUUCUGCCAAUGUCAGGAGUGGGAUUACCGUCGUACGCUGCGAAAGCCCGCAGGAGCUGUUGCACUCAGACAACACCGUGAACUUCCCAUCUAUCGAUGGUCGAUUCCACUUCGCCCAAAGCUUACCACUUGCCGUACACACUCUCAACGAUACAGCCGUCGAUGACUUGCGGUUCCAGUGGGUUCAUCUGCCGGCUCAAUUUGGCGCAGCUAGCAUUGGAGGUGUGUUUGAGACACCGUGGGAAUCCAACAGCGCCUCCAGAGUUGUGGUCAGCUGUACGGUCCAAGCUGGAUGGGUCCCGACGACGGUGUUCACUGACAAAUACAAUUUCUGGACAGGAUGGUACCCCUGGAACAUUCAGUAUGGCGAUCGCACGCCUGCAUGGUCCGCCACGUCACAAGCCGCUAUUAAUGGUCGAAUAUCUCUUGGGGAUGACUGGCUGAAUCUCCUGACGCCUUCGACAGCCUCUCUUGAUGUCGGCUCCUGGCGACCAUCCACGAUUGAGAGUAUUCUCCUGAAUGCUGGCCUAGGCUCCUCUCCUAAUGGAAUUACCGCAGACUGGAUUUACCAGCGGUCUGGACGUCAAGACAAGGUUGCUCUCGUUGAAGCCAUUAUUUGCAGCGUGAUUGUGGACGGUCUCAGCCGUACCGGAAGUUAUCGAGCUUUCAAUACUUCAGGACCAAUCUCUCAGUGGCCGCUAGCAAAUUACAACCUUUUGCCUGACUUUGAGAAACGAAUCCUAAGAAACAAACUUGCCAUGGAAAUUCCCGCCGUCAACACCGAGAAUCUCACAACAAUUGAGGCGAGCAUGCAAAUAAGCGGUUUCUCAUUUAAAGGCUCUCUGGCAGCAUAUCUUGCCAUGACAGUCCUCCUCACUCACCUCCUUAUGGCUACCGUCCAUGUUAUAUACGUGAUUCGUAAUAGCCGCACAUCACGCAGCUGGGGCUCGGUUGCCGAACUCAUCGCUCUUUCGCAUACCUCCCAGCCAGCAUUUGAUGUCUUGACCAACACCAGCGGCGGGAUUGAGAGCCGCAAAACCUUCUUGCAAAUGGCAAAGAUUAGAGUGAGGAACACUCCCAACUUGCCAAACCAUGCAUAUCAUGCACAUCAUGAGCAUGUUGAAUUGUUGUUUGAGAGCUCUGCCUUUCCUAAUAACCAACGGAAUGCCUCUGUGCAUGAGCUGGACGAGCUACACAAUGAAUUGUCGCGUCAUGCUGCGACGUGGCCUCUGAAUAUAGCGGAAAUCCCAACAUAUACCGGUUUGGAUCCUUGCAGUAUGUCGACUUCUGUAAAGAGGCUUGCUGACAACGAGGAAGCAACGGACAUCGUUCGGCCCAGCCGGCAAUAUGGCUGA